AAAUUACUUUAAUGGCAUUUGCGAACGGUUAUCGAUGGGGCUUCAUAUCUUCACAACGGUGUUAUUUCGAAUCUGUGGCGGACUUCAUAAGUGAAUUCAUAGCGUUCAAGCAGGCUAAACUUACCGACACCUUGAACGAAUUCCACAUUGUGAUCUCAAAUAGCAGGCGGACUUAUUGCCGAAUUGAAAGCAAGAAAAAAUGUCGAAGGAUAUAAAAGAGAAAGCUGUUACUAUAGAUGAAGCGUUGGAACGGACGGGUUUUGGGAAAUUUAAUAUUUUCAUCAUUAUAUUUUCCGGUUUUGUACUCAAUACUGUCGUACUCGAGUCUGUUGGCGUUAGUUUUGCCCUACCGGUCCUAGAAUGUGAUUUACAUUUAACACACAAGGAGCAGGGCAUAAUAGGUGCUGCAUCCUUUGCUGGUGUCAUUGCGAGUUCACACUUCUGGGGAUUUUUAGCCGACACUACAGGCCGAAAACGAAUAAUGCAACCGGCAUUAAUUUUGGGAUUUAUAGUUACUGUCUUCUCUAGUUUAUCGCCCAAUUUUAUAACAUUCGCUAUUUUGCGAUUUAUAAACGGAAUAAUAAUUUCUGCCGGUUCCGCCACAACCUUCGUCUACCUUGGAGAGUUUCAUUGCCAAAAGUUUUGUAAUCGCGCCAUUCUUUUCGGCGGCUUAAUAAGUUCUUCACUUGCCGUUUUCUUCCCUAUCAUCGCUUUGGCUUUCAUCAAUCAAAGUUGGGAAUUCCAUGUGCCAUUCAUAAAUAUUGUUUUCACACCAUGGCGUUCCUACUUCCUUGCCUGUGGUCUGCCAGGACUUCUAUGUGGCGUUGCAAUGUUCUAUUUGCCAGAGAGUCCGAAAUAUCUGUUAUCUGCUGGGAAGCCAGAAGAAGCUAUUGAGGUGUUGAUACGUAUGCACCGAGUAAAUCUAAAGGACAAGGAGCCACAAACGGAAUUUACGAUCAUUUCACUGCUGCCCGAUGCAUAUGCGCCAGUUCGCAAAGAAAAAAGCCUAGAAAAGGAUAAGAAUGUUUUUGUUUAUAUUAUGCAAUUGAUGUGGCAUCAAACAGCACCACUUUUUAUGCGCGAGCACAUCAGGAAGACAUUUUUGUCCUGUCUCAUAUUGUACAUAAUAUUUUUUAAUGCCCACGGAUUAUACAUGUGGUUCCCGUAUGUUCUGAAUAUCGCCAUGCAAUACACAGAGAAAUAUGAGGAUCCGAAACGCCUUUGUGAUAUUAUUAAAUUUGCUAAAUCAGGAAAUCUGACAAACGUUGAGAAUGACAAUACUGAAGUUUGCUCAAUGCAAUUGGAAAUGUCCACAUAUUUUCAUUCAACAAUUUUGGAAGUAAUUUAUGCGUCUAUGCUUUUAAUCACUAUGUAUCUAGUCGGUAAAUUCGGACGGAAGCCAAUGCUUUUUGUUUUCCUUUUUGUUUGUGGCGCAUGCGGCAUUCUAGCAUUUUCUGUGCCAGUGCCGUUGUUGGCCAUUUAUCUAUUUGUGAUUCAACUUUGCUGUGGUGUAGCCGUCAACGUGGUGAAUGCAAUAGUUGUCGAAAUAUUCCCAACGAAUUUAAGAGCGAUGGCCAUUUGCAUAUCUCUUAUGAUCGGACGUAUUGGUAGCGUCACUGGAUCCAACAUUUUAGGUAUUCUAAUAGAAUCUCAUUGUGAACUAGCACUUUAUAGUCCAUCAGUGGCGCUUAUUGUUGCUGGCGCUUUAGGUUUUCUUCUUCCUAAAGCAAACAAUGUAAUAAGAUCUAAAGAUCAAGAAAAUACUCCAUAAUUUACAGAUUUUGAUAUUACAACAAAAGAAUAAAUGAUCUGAAAACAUAAUAAAAACAAAAAGUA